UCCGUCAACAGCAUUUCAACCUUGGAAUACAAUCAAACAAGUUCAACGCAUUUGGCGCAUUCAUUCGGCAUUCCGGCGAAGUCAAGCUCAUCUUUGUAUUUCGUGAGUGAACGCAGAUCAACACCUCCUUUAUGCCAUCGCGGGCACAGAGUGCAGCUGAGCGCAACGAAAAAGCAUCGGUCGCCGCAGCUUACAAUGAGCUCUUACAAGCUUUCUCAACAUGCGAAGUUGACACUGUAGGGAAUUACGUCCUCGGAUCCUUGAUUGGCAAAGGAUCGUUCGGAAAAGUCUACAAAGCGACCCACCUGCCUACGUCCGCUACGGUUGUUGUUAAAUGCACGCCCAAGACCGAAGCCGCGAACCUCGCUCGAGAGAUCUAUCAUCACAGAAGACUACAUCAUCCACAUAUUGCACGACUAUUUGAGUAUAUAUGCACGGAGGAGAAUGCAUGGUUGGUAAUGGAAUACUGUUCGGGAGGUGAGCUGUUUGAUUAUUUGUGCCGGAAGAAGAGGUUGCCUGAGGAUGAGGUGAAGCGGUUGUUUGCGCAGAUAUGUGGUGCGGUUGGGUAUGUGCAUUCCAAAGGCUGCGUACAUCGUGAUUUGAAGCUGGAGAAUAUCUUGUUGGAUAAGCAUGGGAAUGUGAAGCUGGUUGAUUUUGGUUUCACCAGGGAGAACGACCCCGGCAAGUUCUUGGAGACCUGGGCUGGGACAACUGCAUAUGCGCCUCCAGAGAUGAUCAUGGGUGGGAAGUAUGCUGGAGAAGCUGCUGAUGCUUGGAGUACUGGUGUCAUUCUACAUACGCUGCUCACUGGUGAGUUGCCGUUUGAUGACGACGAUGAACAGAACAUGCGAAAGAAGAUCAUCAGUGACGACAUCAAGAUACCUAUGGAUAUAUCGGAGCAUGCGUCAGCGCUGAUACGGAUGCUAUUGAACAAAGAUCCCGUACGGCGGCCAACGAUACAGCAGGUGCUGGUGCAUCCCUUCCUCGCCGAGCAUGGACCUAAUCAAUUGCUCUCGGUCAAAGCGACGUGGCCUGUCCCGUUCACGGCAGCAAGAGAGACAGAACUUCUGGAGAAGUUAUCUGUGGUUGGCGUUGAUACCAAGAAGAUGCAAGCCAGUGUCAAAGAGAACAAAUGCGACCUGCUGGCGGGUUGGUGGUGGCUUGCAUGGGAGGAAGAAGAGAAGAAGGCGAGGCGAAGAAAACGGAAGGAGGAGAAGAAGCUUGAAAAAGAAGUUCAAGAUGAUGCACCGAAGAAGAGUAAUCGAGGUGCAUCUGAUGAAGAGAUCGAGAAGCUUAAGGAAGCGGCGAAGUCGUUCAAAUUUCCGCCUGGGAGCGUCGAGGAUAAACCACUUCCAGAUAUAAAGGUCGAGGAGCACGAGCUGGACAAGAAAGGGAGUGUGUGGCAAACGAUCAGCACCUCUUCUAACGGCAAAGGUCGGAAAACGACACCGAAACCAAAGCACAACCGACGGCCCAGUCUUAUAUCCUCCUUGAAGGCUUGGUUGACGGAUACCAAUCGCAAAUCGUCUAAUGUUACUAGCCUUGCCCGCUUGAGCACGGAGCCGACGGUGUCUACAUCAACUGGAUCAAACUCGAUAGGCAAUCAGAUCGAUGAAGCGGCACUGAACGCGUUUGUUCGCUCGCAAACAGCGCCUACGAGAGAAGCGAGGCGACUGGAACGAAGCGGUGUCCCGCCACGACUGGCUUUGGUCGGCCGCACCGCCUCUCAUAACCGCGUGGAAAAGUCACCCCUCUCGGGACCACCCUCUGGAUUUUCUUCACCUCGGGCGCCGUCUCGGGCUCGCCGCCCAUCGGAUCUGCGACGGAACAGUACAAGCUCGUCAGUCUCGAGCUUCAGAUCGAUACGCCGGAAUUCACAUUCGAAAGCGAGUUCAACAUCAAGCAAUGCAAGCAGUCAGAUGAAAAGUGGCCGUAGUCCCGGAUUCGUGAAUGCGAUGACUGUACCUGUCACGCCUCCGCCUCGGCAUGCUAUGUCGUAUGGUUUUCCUGAUGUAGGUGGUUCGUCGGGUGUGGUAUUUGGGAGACGGAGGAGGAGUGCCUUCGCUACACCAAUGGCAAGUCGACGGAAGUGCAAACAAGGCGGCAAGGGUGGAUGGGGUGCUAUUGUUGAGGAGGAAGAGGAAGAGGAGGAAGGGAGCGCUAUGGAGGAUCAUUUUACGGAAGGUGAUGGUGAGGAGGAAGAGGAGGAUGCUUUCGAGGAUGAGGGUCGGCUAAGUGAGGAUCACAGUGGUCAUGGAGGUUCACUGUAUGUGGAUCGUGUCAACUCAUGGAAGAAGAGGAAUGAGGAUAGCUUGACAGCAUCCUCCUGAGGAUGGAGGCUUGUGUGUGUCGGUUGGCCUGUCGGGGUAUCUGGCGGUGGCGACGGUGACGGCGUUUGGUGUUUCCAUGAUCUUAUCGGGUUUGGCAGUGUCUGGCAGCAUAUCAUUAGUGACACUUGCAUUCAUACAGGAAAAUGUAUCAAUCGCUUUUCAAUCUCGG